AAGCAAGUCGAUCCAUCAUGUUAUAUAAUGCCAUCACCGAUUUACCAUAUCUCAUCUCUCACUCACCUUUUUUAUUCCUGCAGGUAAACAAAAUUACCUAAAUACUACUUAGAAUGGUAUUAAUUAAUUAAUUUCGUGCUUUUGUCUUAUUAAUUUUAUUCAAUAGUGUAAUGGCAAGCCCGAACGACGCCGCUUCGAAUAUGUUAACGAAUUCUUGCUGGAAGAAGCCAUGUGAGGAAGGCGGAAGCGUUUGGGGCAACUUCAAGAAUCAGCUGAAUCAUUUCGUGCAUACCCCCGUGAAAGACCACACUCACUGCUUCAAACUCGCCUUGCUCUCGGUGAAGGAUAAAUUCUCAACACCCGCAAACUGGACCGUAGAUCAAAAUUCAUCUGAUUUGGGGGCUAAUGAUUCAAUGGAAUUGCCAUGGGAUCGUGACUUCACGUCAGUUUGUUGAGAUGUCACCGGUUAAUUAGUUUGUUGCUAUUAUUUUUCUUUUUUGGAUUGGAGGUUUAAAAUUAGGUUUCACAGUGUUGAUUCUCAAGCAUAUAUAUAUAUUUUUUUCAAAAUGAUUAUGAAGCAAAUGUAUUAGCUAGUAAUCACAUGUUUACGUUUAAUGAAUCUUUGUUGUGUGCUUAUGAU